AUGCAACAAAGUUGAGGGGGAGUGGGGUGUGCUGAAAGAAAAAUAUAAAAUUCCCUGAACUGCAUGAACUUUGCAGACACACAACAAAUAUUAAAACCAUAUAUUAUAUGUCUUGAUGUCCAUCUACUUGUUAAAGAAUGGAAAAAGACCAAAUGAAGACCAUUUAGUGGUCCACAUCUCUGUUCCUAUUCCCAGGCACCCAACUUUAGCUUAACAGACUUUUCUGAGUUUCUCCUUCCUCUCCUCAAAACCUCACUAUACUACAUAAAACAAAACAAAAACAUCUGAAGCUUUUAACAUUUCUCCACUACUAUCAUCCAAAUUCCAAAGUCUCCCUUCAAAAUUCCACCCUUAUCUUUUUUUUCCAUUUUCAACCCUUCUUCUUGCUUCUUUUUUGGGGUUGAAAGAAGCUAAAUUUGGGGAGAAAAAUAGGUGCAAAUUGCAUAAUUUUUUUGUGUGUGUUAGAAUCAAAAUUCAAAAUUUAGAAAUGGGUAAAGGAGAGAAUUGGGGAUGGCAGCCAAGUGGGUCUCCAACAGUAGAUGUGGAGAAAUCAGAUGUGCAUUGGAGUCAUUUUGACAGUUCUGUAAAUGCAGUUUCAUUUGGGUUUGUUGCCACUGCUGUUCUUAUCUCAAUGUUCCUUGUUAUGGCCAUUUUUGAGAAGUUUCUCCGCCCAUCUCCGCCCCAAAUUCCGCCUUCUCGUCGCCGUGAUAUUGAAUCCCAAUUGGGUUUUUAUCCUAAGCUUGGUUACUCUUCUCCCAAGAUGACAGUAUACUGUCACGAGCUUCCGGUGUUGAUGCCUGGAGAAGAUACUCCAACCUACAUUGCUCACCCACUUCCUCUUCCAUGUCCAGCUGACCGCAUCCAGUGGCCACCCUGUAAGUUCAAAUUACCUCCAAAUGCCCCUCAAAGUUCAAGCAGAAGUACCCAGCAAUCUAUUGUAAGAAAUUCAAACUUAAGAUAGAAAACAAACUGAUGCGAUUUUCUUUCUAGAAAGAAAUUUUUUUAGCUCAAAUAUGGAGCUUGGCUUCUUCAUUUGAGUUGUUUACUACUUGUACAUAGAACAACUAGCUCCUUCUGGCAGAUCGCCCUUUUGAUUUGAGAGAAUGAAGCUAGUACUUUAAGAAAGAUUUCUAUGGUUAACUGGUACGAUACCUGAGUUCGUAGAAAUGAAUCAUGUAAGUGGAAAUCAGAUUGAAAUCACCAGUUAUAUAAAGAUUGAUUAUGUAA